AUGGUUAUGCACGGGACCACCGGCUUCAAUUGUUGCUUGGUUGCCUACGGGCAGACAGGGACAGGGAAGACCCACACAGUGCAUGGCGACUGGCAAAGCCAAGAGCAGCGGGGACUUCUGCCACGGAUCUCAGAAGGACUCUUUGAGCGUCUGGAGCAGUUUCGAGCAGAAGGCGCAUCGUGGAGAGUCCGGAUCAGCUACAUCGAGGUCUACAACGACCGCCUGCGCGAUCUCCUGGAGCAUGCUGCGCCCAGCCAACCCCGCACCGAAAGCGACAGCCCGAGCCCCCGGCGGCACUCGAAGCCAGGCACAGCCGCAGGUUCCCGUCUGGAAAUACGAAAUCAUCCUGCCGUUGGCGUUUACGUGGAAAACUUGCAGGAGCUACCCGUGGAGCACCUUCGAGACGUAGCACGCCUGGUUUCAAAAGGAGAAAAAGCAAAAAAAGUGGAGAGGACAACCAUGAAUGACAGAUCAAGUCGUUCGCACACCAUCUUCAUCUUCAAGGUUGAAGUUCGAGAUGCAACAAACGGAGAUCACAUGUCUACCAUGCAAGUGGUUGAUCUGGCUGGUCGUGAGAAUGAACAAACUUCAGAGUGCAAGGGCGACCGCUUCAGGGAGCUCAGGCACAUCAAUCGCAGCCUUUUCGAUCUGGCUAGUUGCAUCCAUGCACUGUGCGACGGAAAUCGCGACCAUGUGCCCUUCAGGAAUUCCAAGUUGACGAUGCUGCUAUCCGAUAGUCUUGCCAGCAACAGCCGCACAACGCUCCUGGCAACUUUGACUCCCAGUCCUGCAGGCUUCGACGAGAACAUCCUGACCUGCCGGUUCCUGGAGUCCACCGGCCGCAUUACGACUCAGCCUGUCAUCAAUCACUUUGGGGCUGCAGAAGUGCAGAAGACUUUGCAGGACGAGAUUGCCAACUUGCAGUCCACUCUUGUCGAGGAGGCUGUCAUCGCUUCGCGGCAGACGCUGCUGAAGCAAUUCUCGCAAGUCUGGUCUGACCAUCACUUGCAGGCAGCAGCAUGGGCUAUCGCUUCCAAUCCAUCUUAA